CUUGAUCCUAUAAAAUAGUCUAUUUUGCUAGAAUUGCAAUUCACAAAUCUUCAAUAUGGCUUUUCUUUCUUCUUUUGUUUCCUUUCUUCUAUCUCUACUUCUGAUCUUAAUUCAAGCAAAGGGAAGAAAUGAUUCAACUUGUCCAAAGUCCUUUUCAUGUGGAAAUUUUACUAACAUGAGCUUUCCUUUCACUCUUCUAACACAAGGGGACUGUGGAAUAAUGUCCAUUUCUGAUUGUGAUACUAAACCAUACCCAAGAAUCCAAUUGCUUCCUGGAGGAGAUUGGUAUGAUGCUAUAGACGAUCCGUUGAAUUAUACAUUAUUGUUAGUGGAUCCGAAGCUUCAAACUAUAUUGAGGAAUAACAAGUGCCAGGCCUUUGAAAAAAAUAUCUCCCUUCCAGAUUCUCCUUCUGUUUCUUUCGAAAUUAUCCGAGUAUAUUUGCGUGAUUAUUACAAAUGCAACAACACUAGUAGUAACAACCAGCAUUUUUCUGGUUAUAAAAUGUACAAUGGUUGUAAAGGAUUUAGCAUAUACUACAAGCUUCCUGGAAGUGAUGAUGAAGACGUUCGAGCAGGCAAUCUUACUGCCAACUGUUCACUUCUCCAAUUGCCAAUUCGUGCAACAUUAGAUGACAACUUUGAUACUACCGGAUUUCUAGUAGAAUGGAAACUAUCUGAUGACUGUAACAAAUGUCACUAUGAUGGAGGUCAAUGCCGGACUGAUCAAACCAACAAAUUUUAUUGUCAAAAAGAUGCAACAAUAUCUACAAGAAGUAUGGUGGGGCUGGUUCUUGCCACAGGUUUUGGUGGAAUAGGGUUGGUGAUCAUAGCUUGUUUAGUUGUCUACUUUAUCUGGCGUUACAAGACGAGGAAACUUAGCCCAUCCCGCUUCCUCUCAACAAAGAAGUUCUUGGACAUUUUUAAACAUGAUGUUGAGGGAUAUAGUAUAUACCUUGGUGUCCCAGUCUUCUCUUAUUCAGAACUUGAAGAAGCCACAAAUGAUUUCAAUCCCUCUAGAGUCCUUGGAGAUGGAGGUUUCGGAACUGUUUACUAUGGAAAACUUAAAGAUAGACGGGAGAUUGCUGUAAAGCGCCUCUACGAGCACAACUUCAAGCGAAUGGAGCAGUUUGUAAAUGAAAUUGAUAUCCUUACUAGACUAAGGCACAACAAUCUUGUCACCCUCUAUGGCUGCACUUCAAGGCGAAGCCGUGAACUACUACUUGUCUAUGAAUAUAUUCCUAAUGGUACUCUUGCUGAUCACCUUCAUGGUGACAUAGCGAAGGAUGGAUCACUUACCUGGCCAAUCCGCAUGAACAUUGCCGUAGAAACUGCUGGUGCAUUGGCUUACCUGCAUUCUUCUGAUGUAAUACACUGCGAUGUGAAGACUAACAACAUACUCCUUGAUCACAACUUUAGUGUUAAAGUUGCAGAUUUCGGGAUUUCAAGGCUCUUCCCAAAUAACGUCUCUCAUAUUUCAACUACACCCCGGGGUACCCCUGGCUAUAUUGAUCCAAAGUAUCACGAAUGUUACCAGCUGACUUGUAAAAGUGAUGUCUAUAGCUUCGGGGUGGUCCUUGUUGAGCUCAUUUCAUCAAUGCCUGUUGUGGAUAUGAACAGGCAGAGCCAAGAGAUCAAUUUGGCCAACUUUGCAAUAAACAAGAUCAUAAAAUCUGCAGUUAACGAGUUGAUUGAUCCAUCCCUGGGGUUCGAUUCAGAUUCCAAGACUCGGGAAAUGACUACUUCAGUGGCAGAGCUGGCUUUUCUGUGCUUGCAGACCGAUAGGGACAUGAGGCCUACCAUGGUUGAAGUUUUGGAUAUUCUAAAGGAGAUUCAGACUAGUGAAUUUGACAACGAGAAGAAAGAAGAUUGUAGUCUCAAUGAAGCUAAAAUAGUUGCAGCACCUCCUUUUCCUGAAUCAGAAGAUGAGUUGUUGCUGAAGCAAAUUAAAUCACUACCUUCUCCAAAUUCUGUGACUGGUAAAUGGAUUACUUGUUCUAGUAUAACUAGUACAAAGUAGUUCUGUACUCCCUUCCUUUGUUAUUGAUGUAGAUUUUGGGAGACUAUGAAUGUACUACUGUGAGAAUUUUCUUGAGCAAUGUAUCUACGAGUGAAAGUGAUUCAAUUUUUUAAUUUUAUUAUAUAA